AUGAUUGAUUCCAUAUUUGAGGAUCAACACCAAAAACUAGACUUUUGUGAGCAUUUUAAUGAAAGUCCCGCAGAAAAUUCUGUUGAGUCUGCUCUGGAAUCAAGUGAAGUAUGCGGUGAUAUGUGCGGUAAUGACACUUAUGGGGACCUUUUCCUCAUGGAUUCGGGUGAAUUGCUUGGCCUCCGAGAAGAAGUUAUCGGCAGUGAUAGUUCGGAACCAAGUAGCGAAACUCACAGUUUUGAAGAAUCUCCUAUGAAACAGGGUGAUUUUUUACCGAGCCAAAGUGCCAAAUCUUCACUCUCUUGUUUCUCCUUGUUAAAUAAAAACGAAGAUAUAAAGCAUGAACAUGACGAUUUCGGAUCGGAAUUGGAUGUCGUUACAAAAACUGAGGAUAUCAAUUCCUCUCUUCUUUCUUUCUCCGAUGAAACCCCUUUGUCUCUUCUUAACGGCGGUGGUUCUGGAAUUACAUCUGACUGGCAUUCUCUCAAAGUCGAUGACAAUGGAAUUGGAGUCUCUGGUGGAGAAUGUGGUACCGCGAAUGCACCAACGAAGAAUUCUCAUCCAUCCGCAACAACACGUAUAGUUGUCACUGCUCCGGUUGUCAAUGGUGGCGUCGCGUCUCCACAGAAGUUGAAAAUUGUAACCACUUGUGCCACUGCCAACAUGGUUUCAUCCUCUAUUACUUCAUCGGUAACUGCGAAUGCCACAACUGUCAAAGGUCUGCGAAUUCUUCCCAUCGCCACUUAUCGUCUACCUACCAAUGUGGCGGCUAAAAAGGAACUUGUCACUUGGCCUGGAAAUUUGACACUCUUUUACUCAAAACCGACUACCCUUUUAAAUCCUGUCGUUUCGAGAACUGGAGAUGUUCUCACCUACAAGUCGCCAGCUCUAAUGUCUAAUACAACUAUUCGGUCUGCAGACGGUAGUGCUUUGAAAUCUCAUUCUGGUUGGCAAGUGCUUACUAUCUCAACCCAAGGAACCAGUAACUCCACAAAUCCUUCAGGAGCUGUCACACGUCGCCUCUUCACCCCUCCUUCCAUCACCCAGCGUCGUGUGGCUCCUCUGAUGGCAAAUUCGCCCUCUGGUACCUCAUCAGUUGUCAAACUAACCGCCAAUGCUAACAAAGGACCGAACGGUGGAACCGCUUCUAGUCAACUUCAUAAUCAGCAAUCAAGUCAACAGCAGUCGGUUUCAAGUAAUUCCGGAGGUGGUGGUCCAAUACGUUGCGUGGUAUGUCCACAACUCGGUUGUGGAAAGGCUUUCCGAGAUACGGCGGCAAUGCGGAAACAUCUCCAUACCCAUGGACCGAGGGUCCACAUCUGUGGAGAGUGUGGAAAGGCGUUUGUAGAGUCAAGUAAACUCAAGAGACACCAGUUGGUGCAUACUGGCGAGAAACCCUUCCAAUGUACCUUUGAGGUGAGUCAUUUGGAGUUUCCAUGA